GUGUGCAUCUUUGGUCGGCUCUCCAGUCGUUUCGGGAAACACCAUCGAUUGCAGGUGCCACCACCGCAAGAGCUACAACACCAAAACCGUAAUAAUGUCCACCUGCGUCGACAACUCCUGCUACGAUUCAGAUCGAACCCAGGUAGUCGAUCAUCUUCUUUUCAAUUACGUUCAAUUCUCUAGACCCAAUUUUCCCGAUGUCGUCACUUGUGCUCCCAUCACUCAUCAAGAUCAAAACACCUCUGUCUCUUCUGCCACCGUCGACGGUGGAGAAGACAGAGGAGAUGAGAUUUGGUUAAAGGUGAGAGAAGAAGCUCAGCGCGAUGUGGAGCAAGAACCCAUCUUGUCUGGCUACUACUUCUGCACAAUUCUAGCCCAUGAUUCUCUGGAAAAGGCGCUAGCGACACAUUUGGCGACGAAACUGAGCAAUUCUUCCCUUUGCUCUCAUACCCUGGUUGAGGUCUUUUCCGGUGUCUUCAAGGAAGACCCAGAGAUCAGAAAGGCGAUGAGGGACGAUCUCAGGGCGGCCAAGGAACGUGACCCGGCCUGUAUCAGUUACGUGCAAUGUCUCCUUAAUUACAAGGGCUUCCAGGCCUGUCAAGCCCAUAGGGUAGCCCAUAAGCUAUGGUCUCAGGGCCGGAAUGUGUUGGCCCUGUUAAUUCAAAACCGUGUCUCUGAGGUGUUCGCUGUGGAUAUCCACCCGGGAGCAAAGAUCGGGCGGGGCAUUUUGCUGGACCAUGCGACCGGAGUCGUGAUCGGUGAGACGGCGGUGGUGGGUAACAAUGUCUCCAUCCUACAUAAUGUCACCUUAGGAGGUACAGGAAAGCAAUCUGGAGAUAGACACCCAAAGAUUGGAGAUGGGGUUUUGGUGGGAGCAGGGACCCAAGUUUUGGGUAAUGUUCGGGUUGGAGAAGGGGCUAAGAUUGGUGCCGGGUCAGUGGUACUAAAGGAAGUACCUGCUUGGACUACUGCCGUCGGAAAUCCGGCCAGAUUGCUUGGUGGCAAAGAGAACCCGAUUAUGUCAAAUAAGAUCCCUAGCUUCACCAUGGAUCACACCUCUUUUCUCAAUGACUGGUCUGAUUAUGUAAUAUAGAGAAAGAAAUGGAAGGGAUUGGAUA